GGGCGCAGCGCAGCCGAUGUCCAGCAGUUUGCUUAUUAUUGUUUACAAAACGCAAUUCCCGUCAAAAUAAAGCAGAUAAAAUAGUGAUAAAAAUCGCGCGGCGAGUGAGAAAAUGCAGCCGAAGGCCUGCUAAAAGGCGCUGCGUUUGCUGCACAAGGGCAGCGGAUCCAAAAAGAGUGUACCACCCCGCCCAACCACUUGUUGUUGUUGGACUUUGCCGCCGCCCCAUAUAAUACCAUCCAUUAUCCAUUAAACCCGACCGAUUUCCUCCAAUGCUGAGUGUGUCCGGAAUCGGGGCUAUCCAGACCGCUUUCGUCGAAGCUCAGAAGCGGUUCACUCACAUACCAAUGCGAAAUUGGAUUUAGCUGUCAAAUAGUUGUCAAAUUCUCAUAGAAACGUAACGUCGAAUAUCUAAUAAUCUCGAAUCUGGACAAACAUUAAGCAACAUAUUAAAAACCAGCCCUAGCCGUAUCUUAAAUCAAAUUGGUUAUUACCAACUGUUCAGUUUAUUGCCCGCCGUCAAGUGUCCAGUAGUUGAAUCAUUGACAUUCCACAAUGGCGGGGCAAAGUAAGCUGAUCAACCCACUGUCCAUCACCUGCAAGGAGUUCCAGCACCCAUGGACGGACCACUGCGUCAGCGCCACCGCGGGAAUCCUGCUCGCGACCACGCCCUACUGCCUGCGGGUCUACACGAUAGUCUACGCCCUCUCCCUUUUGAUGCGCCACCGCAUUCCCAGUCGGGAGGAUCUGCGCAAGACACUGUUAGGCAUUAUCCAGUCGACGGCCUUCCUCGUGACCAAUGCCUACACCUUCAUCCUGUACAACUGCGCGCUACGGCACUUACUGGGCACAUAUCAUUUCUCCACGGUGGCGUUUGUUCCGUGCUUUUUCGCUUCGUUUUCGGCCAUUCUGGUAGAGCGACCCGCCCGUCGACCACUGCUCACUCUGUACGUGGCCAAUGUGGCCACGGAAACGCUGUGGAAGAUGGCAGAAUCGAGGGGCUGGGUGCGUUCCAUACCAAAUGGACAGACACUCAUCUUUGGAAUGAGCAUGUCGGCGCUGCUCUACCUUUAUAGAACUGGAGCCUCAAAGGAUUCCAUUUUCAACAUUCUCCGCAUCUUCGUGGGCAAGGAGGAGGCGGGACCUGUGGCCAAGUCAGGUCCCGCAGUGCCCGGCGAGCAGCCUGCUCCAGCCCGCCGACGUCCCACCGUCAGCUUUUCCUCUGUCUCCGACUUUGUGCGCGUCUACAGUAACCUGAUACGCGCCAAACACGACAGCUGCCGUCACCAGCAGAGCUGUAUCAGCAACUCUGUAAUCGGUGGAAUUAAACCCUUCUUGGGAGGAGUGGCACUUCAGGUGGCCCUAAAGCUGGUGAUGAACGUGAAGCGAAUCACUGCCGGAAAGAUGCCGUGGAAGAAGCUGGUUUUCAACCGUGGCACCCUGCAGUUGGGCAUCUUUAUGGGCAGCUUUUCGUUCCUCUAUAAGUCGGUGUCCUGCCUGCUUCGACACAGUUUUAACCGGGAUGAUGCCAGAUUUGCCAUUCCUGCCUCAUUGAUAGCCUCCGUGGCCUUCACCCAAUACCCUGAUAACACGGUGGCCUUGUAUGUUAUGUGGAAGGCGCUGCAGAUCUUGUGCACAAUGGGUCAGGAGCGAGGAACCGUGCCCCGUAUUCCCAACUUCAUGCUGUUCUUGUACUCCUUUUUCACGGCUGUGCUCUUCCACGCGGGUAUCCUGGAGCCCAAGAACCUGCGCCCCAGCUACUUUAAGUUUCUGCAGGCCAUCUCGGGCGAUCGGCUAACAAAGUUUAAUCUGAGCGCCUUCGAUAUAUUCGGCCUGAGCAGUCAGCAACAGGCGUGGGACACCAUCAAAGCACUAAACAUAGUGGAGAAGUCAGCGCUGCCCGCCUUCUCAUUUGCCUCCUGAGCCCUCAGUAGCAGAAUUUCCUAGAUGAUCAGUCAUUUCGGCUUCCUUAGAAGAACCAUUAUAUCUCCAUGUAUCCGCGUUUUGUGGCGAGUUGUACAUACGUCAAGAGUCUCCCGCGCUCCAAGAGCGCCCAACGAUUACUAAACUAAGCUAGUUUGGGUGGAUUUGUAAAUUAUGUUUUAUUACUUGGUAUCAAUAAAAAUAACAAAAAUAAAAAUC